AUGUCGCCAAGGCUUGGGCGACAUGCAAGUAUGACAGCUUGCGUGUAUAGUUUGAGGAUGUGGGCUAUCGUGGAAGCUAAAGGAAUGACCGACAGAAAUGUGGUUGACGUGUCUUAUGCAACGCUUGAUGUAUGGGCGUCGAGGGUUCGUUGCCGGAUGCGGAGUGAUUGUAUUGUCACAAGUGGGAGAAGGCUGACUGGGAUCCGAAGGGAUCCUGGGCCUCACAGGUGUGCUUUGAGUGGCAAAAUUUGUGUUUCGCUUCUGUCGCACCGCGCCGCUCGCUCAUCCCGUGACACUUUUCAUCUAUACUCAAAUCUUGAACUCAAAGUCCUAAAGACGGUAUAG